AUGUCAAACGAAUCAAAAAUCGUAAAGAUACUCAAAUCAAGGCUAUUGAUUAAACCACCUGUGGACUCAGAUCCUAGAUUGCUUUCAUCAAAGACAAAGGGCAUCAUAUUGGUUGCUCUUGCCCUUUGCGCAUGUACACCUGGUUUCUCAAGUACAAUUUACUUUCCAGGUUUGCCCGCCAUCACUUCAGAUCUACAUGCGCCCGCCAUUGCCACUACACUGACAGCAGCUCUAUUCGUCUUGGCAAUGGGCAUUGCUCCUGUCUUUUGGGCAUCAUUAUCUGAUUUCUAUGAGGUUCGACGUGUGCUCUUCCUUGCCUCCAUGCUCAUUUUCGCAGCAGCAUCAAUUGGGUCUGCUUUUAUCAACAAUAUUUGGGGCCUUGUCGUGCUUCGUUGUGUUCAAUCCGUUGGAUCAUCCUGUGGACAGUCUGUGGGUGCAGGUGUUGUUGCUGAUUGUUAUCCCAUUGAGAAAAGAGGAGCUGCAUUUGGUAAAUACUUCUUCGGUGUGUUCUUCGGCCCUCUGCUAGGCCCCAUCAUUGGUGGUUUCCUGAUCAUGAGUAACCUUUCAUGGCGUGCAACCUUUUGGUUUUGCUUUGCUUUUGGUUUGUUCAUCUUUACGCUCGUCUUUUUUGUAUUCCCAGAGACGUAUCGAGAUAAUGCAAAAUUUGAUCAGCAAUUGCCUACAGUACAUCCCAACAACAAACAAGUACCUGUUUCAUCAUCCGCAUCAACAGCAGAGACAGUGGAUCAACCAACUGAAGCCAAGGUGGCAAUAGAGAAUAACGAACCUAGCAAGUUUGCAACCGAAAGUACAACUACCGUUUAUCAAGAAAAGCCAGCUAAUAAGGACGCUGCUGUUUCAAAGAAGAGCAUUAAUCCAAUUGCCCCAUUUUUAUUAUUAAGACAUCCCUUUGUCUUUUUGGCUGCAUUUGCUUCUGGUGUUGCAUUUGGCACGAUGUUUGCUAUUGAAACUAUUACUCCUGAUCUAUAUGAAGUUCACUAUGGGUUUAACUCAUGGCAAACAGGUUUGAGUUAUCUUGGAGGUGGUAUUGGUAACCUUUUAGGCGCUAUUCUCACCAGCAGGAUAUCGGACAAAUUGUUACUCCGCGCUCGAAAGCUUCGUGGAGGACAGGAGAUAACAGAAGAUCGACUAACGAUUAACCUUUGGCCGGCGUUUUUCAUCUGUAUGCCCUUUGGUACCUUACUCUAUGGCUGGACUGUUGAGCGUGGUUUUACCGUAUGGGCACCCAUUGUCGGCUUUGGUAUCUUGAACUUUGGUAUGAACCAGAUCAUGACAGCUACCUCAGCUUAUCUUGUCGAUGCUGUUCAUGGGAAAGGCGCUUCGGUCACUGCCGCUGCUAAUCUAGUUCGUAUGGUCAUCGCAUGUGUCUUGACCAUCGCUGCCAAUCCUAUGGUAGCUGCUAUUGGACCUGGUUAUACGUGUGUCUUUUUGGCAUGUUUUUGUUUCCUGGGUGCUUCGUUCAUGCUCACAUUGAAGUUGAAGGGUGAAAAGCUGAGACACUGGAGUGGUUAUUAA